UCUAAGAGAAGAUGAUGAGAGACUCGAGGAAUUGAUGCGGUUAUGCUAUAUGGAGAGUCAUAUGGCACCAAACAUUGACCCAGGAGAAAUGAUAGUAGAAGGUCAUGAGGUACGGUCUAAAGUCAACGCAUUGCUAGAUCUCAUCAAGAUAGCAUGGAUGAAGGAGAACACUGUUACUGUGAUUUUUCGGGAAGGCGCAAGGUUCUUACCAAAAAAGGUGAAGGAUGACAUAGUGAGAGCCUUUGAAGACGCUAAGGUACAGGAUGGCAGCUUCGAGGCAAGCAGCUUCAGCAGUGGCAGAGUGAAAGUGGAAAGUCCCAACGUGGUCUCCUAUGUGGCGAGAUCUCGAGCCGCUGAUGGAUGGUUACUAAAGGUCGAGACGAAAUCACGGUUGGACCGACCACUGGAAUUCAAACCAUGGUUGUCCAAACCCCAACUGAGGGAGCAACGGAGUGAAGACGAUGAGCUAGUAUCCUUUUGGGUGGUAGUUGUUCAAGUGUCACUUGACUCCUUCUUCUAUCUGGAGGCUCAAAUCACCAAGGCAAUAGGGCGGAUAAUUCGAACUCACCGUACGGAGCCAGAUCGGUUGAAGCCUUCCUUGGGAAAUAUCAAGUUUGAUCUCGACCCAGCUGCUCGUCCCAACAUCAAGGACAAGAUCUGGGUCGAGACAGUAGAAGGAGGCAACCUCAAAGUGAAAUUGACAUCCUCGAAAGCCCCGAGGUGUGGAGGCAAUGGGAUGAAGGGAUUUGAACCGGCGGCACAGGAGGGGUAAGUGGCUUUCAAACUCCGACACCAGAGCAGGGGAGGUCGGGUGCCUCGGCCAUUCCGAAAGC